AACAAAGGCCGCAUUCAGCGAUAGCAUGGCGAUAAGCGGAAUACAACCCGACCCGUAGCCAGUUUCAAAACACAGCAAUGUCGAAUCGCCAGACGCGGAAAAAAGAUUAUUCCGAUCUCUUACUAUAUUCUCUAGCGUUUGCAGUAUGUUUGCUCAUCCUGGCACAUCCUGUCCUGGGAAUGCGAUGCAAGAUUCCCUACCAGAGGGUCCGUGAGAAUUAUUGCUAUUUUGUGGCCGAUGAAGAGCCGCUGCACACUUCAUUCCACAACUUUUGCUACCAGGAAAAGCGGACUUCGCGGGUAUGUCUGGACAGCGAGGAGGAGAUGCGGUUCCUGGCCCAGUAUCUCUACGAAAUGGACUACCAGGACGGAUCUCAGUUCUGGAGCGCCGGCCACCGGUGGCCCGGGGAUAAUCGCUUCUACUGGAAUUACUUUGGACGGGCGCGGGUGAUGAACUACUCGAACUGGGCGCCCGACGAGCCCACUCCCCAAAUGGGUCGCAACUGCCUCAUCCUGACCCUAAAAAUGGGGGAACUGAUCAUGAGCAGCGAGUCCUGCUACACCCGGGCUGUGGACAUCUGCGAGCAAUCGCUUAACGAUACUGAAUCUCGGUCAGUUAUGCACUGA